GAUUUAUUAUAUUUUAUUUUUCGAAUUGAGUUAUAAUCCGUCAUAAUAAUGUACGGUCAUAAUAUUAAAGUUUAUAUAUAAAAUUAUUAUGUACUACCCCUACAACUAAAUAUAAAAUAGGUAAUCUAGAAAAGUCUCCACGCCACGUUGAAGUCGAUUUUACUUCAAUCAACUCUCAAAUACACUUGACACUAGUGGAGUAGUAGCCCUAGUCAGAUUAAAAAAAAAUCUUCGACAAUGGCAGACGCAAAGCAAGGAAAGACACCAGUGGAAGAUUUCUGCAAUGGUUCAUCUCAAUCACGCGUGGUGCUGGCGAAACCGCGUCUCGGUGGAUUCGGCUCCUCGUGCUUUGGAUCAAGCUCUAGCAAAACUAAUAAUCCAUUUGCUUCUAUCUUGCGUCCACCGCAGCUGAUACCUCUCAGCAACAAUCCAUUCCUUAAAGUAACGGAUACUGAAGAGUCAUCCGUGGAUAAAGAUACUGACAAAUCUGAAGAUAGACUUAAAGAUGCCAAGGAUGAAGUUAAAGUACCAAAGUUUGUUCCAUUGGGGUCGUCAAACGUAACGCCUAGAACCAGCAACCAAGUACCGAUACCCCCACAGCCAACAGCAAGUGCUUCAUCCAGUGGCUUCGUAUUUGGCCAGAGUUUGAGUGAACGUGUGGUCAUAAAGGAGAAUGUUAAUAAUGGCGAACCUUCGACAGUUAACCACACUUCCUCAAAUGGAACCUCAGAAUUGUUGUUCACUAGUGCCGCUGCAUCUGUGAAGGAGAAUGGUCAGGGCAUGAGCAGUACAAACACCGUAAGUGCCAGUCAGGGACUGGCCGCGGCCGCGGCCGAGUACGAGAGGUCGCAUGCACGGCCUCCGCCGCCUACCAGCAACUGCACUAUUACAGGAGAAGAAGGGGAAAUUAACGUAUUACAGAUAUCGUGCCGGCUGUUUGCAUGGGAGGCGGGCAGCUGGCGCGAGCGCGGGCGCGGCGUGCUGCGGCUGAACGACGCGGCGAGCGGCGACGCGUCGCGCGUGGUGGCGCGCGUGUCGGGCUCGCUGCGGGUGGUGCUCAACACCAACCUGUGGCCCGACAUGGUGGUGGAGCAGGCCGGGCCCAAGUCGCUGCGAAUCACCGCCGCGGAUGCACAGCAACAGAUCAAAUUGUUCCUUAUUAUGGGUACACCAGGGGAUAUAACUCAGUUAAGUAAAGCUCUUACGAAUCGUGUACUGGCAAGCAAAAAGAAGGCAUCAAAUACAUGCACUCAAAUUACAUCUCAGAAACCGUCGAACAGGCUCGAGGCGGAGGCGUCGGGUGUCGAUGAUGAGAGUUUGGACAAAUGCGAUGACGGUAUUACUGAAGAUGACGAUGUUGACAGGCCGGAGAGUGUCGUCGACGAGGACUCGCAAGAAAACGAUCCUGAUGUCAAUGAAAGGCUAGAGGCUGAGUCUGAACAAAACGAGACUGAUGAGAUCCAGGCUGACAUAGACAGUUUAAAUGAUGAAAGAGAGACUAAAGCAUUGAAGAGGAAAGAGCCCGUUGAUGACGAGACCUCGCCGAAGCGACAGUGCCCAGAUAUACUGACAGAGUGAUAGUAUACAAUUUUUUUAAAAGCAGUGCAAGAACUUGUGAUCUACAUGUGGAUGUGUGCAGCACCCACAGAAGGCUCUGGAUUUAUUGAACCCUUAUGUAAAUUCGACUAAAUAGAUUGUGUAGAAAUAAAUAUUUAUGAAUAACUAUUAUAGCAUUAUGCAACAUUGUUGAUUAUUAUUACUAAUGGAGAGUCCAUUUUAAUAAUUAUAGCAACCGCACUGGCAUUUGAAUUUUAUUUUUAGUACAAAUUAACGCGGCUGCGGUGUAACGGCUUAAAAAAAUUAAUAUCACAUUCCAAGGUUGCAAGUGAAUGCAAACGAUUAGCACGUUUAGCCAGAGCUGAAUACCAAAUAAAUUAACAAUGUGGUUUAUUUUCUUAUAGGACUAUAACAAUAAAUAAUUUUACAAUAAAUCUAA